CAUUAUUUAACAGCCAACGUGAGAUGCAGGGAUAGUAUGAGCUUCAGGUUCUAUAUUUGAGAUGUUUGCAGCGGCGACCAAGAACUUUGUCAAGCAGGUGGGCGACACUGGGAGGUUGAUCCCCGUCCCGAGCCUGAGUGAGGCCGACCGCUAUCAGCCACUCAGCCUUGUCACCAGGAAGAGAAAGAGGCGUUUCUGGAAGAAAAAAAACAAAUAUGCCUCCACUGCAUUCUCCCUGAAAGAUAUCCUGGUAGGGGAGAAGGAGAUCACAGCAGGUGUAUCCUCAUAUCAGCUUCUCAACUAUGAGGACAAAUCGGACGUGGCCCUCAACGGCCGCCUUGGAAACCACCUCAUCAACGACGUGGGCUUCAACGUAAGCGGCUCCGACUCGGUGGCCGUCAAAGCUUCCUUUGGCAUUGUGACCAAACACGAGGUGGAAGUUCCUACAUUGCUGAGGGAACUCAACUCCAGGAAAGUGGAUGUGGAACACUGCCUGGUCCGCCAAUCUAGGGACAACGGAUGGAGUGUCCUGUGUGUCGUCAUGGAGAGCAUACGCACCACUCGCCAGUGCUCUCUGACGGUCCACGCUGGCAUGAGGGGGGCCACCAUGAGGUUUCAGAUAGACGAUGGUAGGAACCCAAAAGGCCGAGAUAAGGCCAUUGUCAUCCCGGCUCACACCACCAUCGCCUUCAGCAUCUGCGAGUUGUUUGUUCGACUCGAUGGGCGACUCGAUAUCUGCGUUGCACCUGGAUCUCAAGGUGGAUUUGAACAGGAGCAAAGCAGGGAGCAGCUGGGGGGCUUCAUCGGUCAUUUCUCAAUGGGCCGACUGCGCCGCUUCCUGUCAGGCAUCAUCUAUGGGAACCCCUUCAGAGCAGAUGACAGAACAAUGGAAGAGCUCACUCACUCUGAAACCUUCAUGGACGACUCGCUGACUGACUACUACGAGAAAGCCGCCAGCAUGACCGAUAUCUCCACCAGCUACCUGAGGGAAAGCUCCCACACACGCGUCAACCUCCUGAAACACAACAUCCCCAAGGGGCCAUGUGCACUGUGCGGCAUGGGCAAUCAAAGAAGAGAAACUGUCUAUGGCUGUGUAGAAUGCUCGUUUGGUGGGCAAAAAUAUGUACGGCUGCAUGUUGUACCCUGCUUUGACCUCUGGCACAAAACUCUUAAGUGAUGAAGUUUGUUUUUGUUUUCGGGAUGAAAUAUUUCUGUUGUUCCACAAAUAAGAGUAACUAAUUACCACCGUACUGCCCUGAACAUGACCUACUCUAUUGCGAUAAAUCUAUAUACAAAAAUAAGCUGCUUUGGCAAAUACUAAAGAAAUACGAGCAUUGGGACUUCUCACUGUUGGCUCUCUUCAGAACAACGAGCAAGGCUUGGUACAACAUCAAACAUACCGAACUGCCU